GCGCCGAGCAUUCCGGCGACGCCAGACAACGCGGCACAAUCGAGACGAGAUAAUCGCUGUGGAACGGAGCUUUAAACUACCCCCGUGGCUAUCCACCUACACAGUCGGUCCGCAGCGUUCGAUCGUGCAUCGACGAUAUGGGAGUUGUGAAGACGGCGUCGGAGAGCAUCCUCGAGGAGACCGUGGUGCCGAGCGAGGAAGCGAAUUAUUCGCAACAGGGUUACGCCGAGGAAUGGAGCGAGAAUUUCCCCUAUCAGCUUUUGAUAGCGGGAGGGGUGGCCCUAGUUGGCCUGGUCCUUCUGGCGGCGGUGAGCUUCCAAUGCUCUUCCACUUGGCGAUGGUUGAUGAGCAUGACUCGACAUGAGAAUAUCGAGAAUACAGAGACUGAUCAGCUUCAGCAAAAUGCGAUUCGCAUCAGCCAUUCUCUCCCGGACCUCCAAUCAGAGCCGAUUACCCAUGAAUACGUUCAAGAACAGAAAGAGAAUAAAAAGGUGCUGCGUCAAACCACUCUGCCCAUCGUGCCAAUGAGACAUCAAAGCUUCCAACGUCAAUUAUCGCAUCGACUUGAUCUGCCUAACAUUAAAUUCAGUAUUUGCAGCUUGGAAAAUCGCAGCGACUCCAGCCUUGGUCUUAUCAAGCCGGAGUUGUAUAAGAAAGAGCUCGUGAGACAAGAGAGCGCGGAGAGCUCCAGUACAACAGAAAUGGAAUACGCUGGAAAAUUACAUUUUGCUCUUCGCUAUGACAAGGAAAUCGAAGGUCUUGUUGUCAAAGUUUUGGAAGCUCGCGAAUUGCCGAUAAAGGAUGUAACGGGCAGCAGUGAUCCGUACGUCAAGGUAUACCUGUUGCCAGAUAGGAAAAAGAAGUUUCAGACAAAAGUACAUCGAAAAAAUUUGAACCCGAUAUUCAAUGAAACGUUUAUUUUUAGCGUAUCAUAUGAAGAACUGAGGGAACGUUACCUGCAAUUCUCAGUUUACGACUUUGAUCGGUUUUCACGUCACGAUCUCAUUGGACAAGUUGUUCUUAAAGGGCUUUUAGAAUGCACUGACCUCGAGCAAGAAAUCGAAUACACGAUGGACAUCCUUUGUGCUUUGCAGGAGAAGGUCGAUCUGGGAGAAUUGAUGUUGUCGUUGUGCUAUCUACCAACGGCAGGUCGGUUGACAUUAACCGUCGUUAAAGCCAGAAACCUGAAGGGAAUGGAUAUAACAGGCAAAUCAGAUCCCUAUGUGAAAGUCUACCUGCUAUGCCAAGGCAAAAGAAUAAAGAAGAAAAAGACAACGGUGAAGAAGAACACUCUUUACCCUAUCUACAACGAGGCACUCGUUUUCGACGUUCCCUCAGACAACAUUGAAGAUGUCAGUCUUAUAGUGAAAGUAAUUGAUUACGACAGAAUCGGGUCGAAUGAGUUGAUGGGCUGCACCGCGAUUGGAUCGAGCUUCAUUGGAAUUGGCCGUGAUCACUGGUUGGAAAUGUUAGAUAAUCCAAGAAAACCGGUGGCACAAUGGUAUCCGUUAAUGGAAACUGUAUCUGGCCAUAUUCCAGCCGUAGAUUCGGAACCGCUCCCAGUAAGCCUGAGCUGCUUAAACGGCAGAUGAAGACAAAAGGCGGAGAGUAAACACUACGGAAUCUCGCAAAUAUUGUCGGACGUCGGCUUGGACAUCGUCUCCUUCUGUCGUCAUUUAAUGCACAUCGCUUGACUGACUUAAGUACAACCUCUGUCUCAAAGGAAGGCCGGAAGGCGAAUUCUGUGCUUGUGCUUUGCAAUCUUACCUCGUGCAGCAGGCAUGAAAUAAUAAACGAUACGUAAAACCAUAAUACGAAAAAUCGAUCACUCGCGAAACAUAAGUAUGCGUUUGCUCAAUUCCGACGAUCCGAUGGCGAUCGUGAUCGGAAACGAGAUGAAUUUGCGUUUUGCUUUGUCUUUGUCGAACUUGUUGCUCCGCGAUAGUGCCGGGCUGGUCCCGCACCGUUUCAAACGCAAGGCUGUUUUGUAUUUACAUCAGUAUAUCCCCGUAGAAUCUCCCCUUAUUACACGUGAUGUUGAACAUGACGGUAGCUUAAAUGUUCUAGAUUAACCCGUGGAGGUCAGAUAAAGUAAGUUUUUACAGAAGACGAACAUAUAAGAGUGAGGAGCAUAAGGCCUUAUCCUGGAUAAAGAUAUGAGACAGACGAAUGCAGACAGAUUUAGGCGAGAGACGGAUUAUAUUAACGGCAGAGUGCAAUUGAAUACGGUAAAUGUCUUAAGGUAGUACAAAUAUAGCGUUGGAUCUAUGCAUCGUUUAUUAUUUCACGCUCGCUACCACUUCUGCGCAAAUGUUCUAUUAACGUGAUAUAUGUUUAAACAUAAUGCUCGAUGCAAACGGGCACUGUUUGUGAUAAUGUAUCUGAAACACAUACGCAUAUUGACACACACACAUAUACGUACAAGUAACACACGUGGUCCCAGAGUCCACGUAUAUCAGCGGCUGCUUCGUACACGUAUGUACGUUUGCAAUUAACGCGACUACUCAAUUGUGAACUUGAUAAUAAAUAAUAAUAUACGUCGUGUAAGUUAAUUAUUUAUAUCGUAUAAGAAAAAGGCAAAAAAUGCAGUUUUCUAAUUCGAUGAAUUAUGAAUAUAUUAUUUACGUCAUACGUGUAUGCAUUUAAGAAUAUAAUCGAAAUAAUAUUUUGGAAAUAUGAGAUUUAACUAAGAUCAGUGAGAAAACUGUUUAAUUUUUUGGUGAACUGCAUUUGGCCAAAUUCGUGAAUGUCUUUGAUAGGUCUGUGUGAAUUCUGCUUUAUUGACAUAUUUCUAAGAACACUUGUCCGGUGACGUUUACACAGAAUGUGAGAGAAUCUAAGUACCGAAGAAAUAUGGGUGUUUCUGGAAAAUGGACGAUAAAUUGAGUAUCCUCAAACGUUUUAUAAAAAAUAAAAUAGAGAUACAAUGGCAAAAUAUGUUUUUAAUUAUAUUUACGUCUUUAUUUUACUUUCUAUUAAAUUUUUUCUGCGACUUUAAGUUUCUUAAGCCCUAAGUCAGUUGCAUAAAGAAUUGGCAAUUACGCCACAAAAGUAUAAUCUAUACAUAUAUAGAAUUAUAUAUUACACAAACCGUAUAUAAUCGAAUAUAAUAUCAAAACUGAGGUGAUAUAAUACGAGUGACAUAAAAAAUGUGCCAACAAAGUAGCUAUGUAGCAAAAGUAUAGUGUUAUAUUAAUAAUAGCUAGUAUGUUCUAACCACACACAUGCUUGAUAUAGAAACUUUAGUCGGCGCUCUAUAGUAAUCCUAGAUUAUCCCCCUAUUUCGAGUCAAUAUAUUUCGAAUUUCGACUAUAUGCCUUUUUUCGCCUAUGAGUCGUAAGAAAUAUCUUUAUAAAUCUUCGAGAAUUUUUCAUUUAUUCCGUUAUUCCAGCAAUGCCCAUAAAAAAAAAAGAAAAAAAAAACUACUGUAUUUUUCGUACAAGUGGAACAUUCUACCACAGGACUGAGCUUUCUCAAAUAACUUCAUGUAAUAAGUGGAACAGUUGCUCCAUAUUGAGAGUAGUAUUUAAACGAGAAACCUGUACUUAUACAUAAAAAUGGCGACGGAAAGUAAUCUCUCCAUUAAUAUCGUUACAAAAUUAUUUAAAUUGCUCCAGAAUGCGAUUCAGAAGCUAAAGCCAAAGUAAGCUUUCAGUUUUUAUUACAUAUGCAUCAGUGAAAAAUUUAAACGUUCCCUUUUAUUCACCUCGUACGCUGGGUCGCAAACUCAUGAAUGAUAAAGUAUCGGCUUUGAAAUGUAAAUGGACUGCGUACUGGAUUAUAAAAUAUGAAUAUAUGGAUCUCUCUCGUGUGUGUUUAUCUUAUGAAUAUGAACAAGACGAAAUACAUGCAAAUAAGUGUACGUCAAAAAUUACAUUGGUAACGUAUUGUAACUGUCUAAAUCGAAGGAUGAGUACUUCGUUUAAUACUUACUCUAAUUAUGAAAGCGAUAAUUACGUACAUCGUACGUAAUUAAUUUAUGGGCAAACAUAACAAUAAUAUCGGUAUGGACGAUGUGUAUACUUUUCUAACGAGUACAUAUCUAUAUUGUAUAUUUGAGUGCACCCAGAGUGCUCCCUGUUAUGAUCGUAAAUAACAUAAAUAAAUCGGUAACAAGAAA